AGGGUUUGUGCGUAAAAAUUAAUUCGAGAUAUUUCUACACGACACUGUCAUGCUGAUUUUUCUGUCUUGUUGCUUUUAGGAGGAACCCGAGGAGUCGAUGGCACAAAGUCCUGACAGGUAUAAAUCGCCACAAGAAAAAAGACUCAGCAUCGAGAACGUGCGACAUGUCGGCCUAACUCAAGACGCCAAGACGAGCAGCCGACAACGAGUAGAGUCGGCUGAAGACAGAAAUAUACCACAUACUCAAGUUCCUCAGCGACAUUCAGGUACUGUAACUAACCAACAACCAACAGUGUCAAAAGCUAAAAAAUCUGAAAAUAACGGUGCUAAAUCGAAGCCUUCCAAUGGAGCUUUUGAGAUGGGAAUAAAAAGUAUGGAAGUCGAGGACGAUUCGUUUGUUGUUCAGACAGUGGAGAUAAUUAAAAGACCUGGCCAGACAUUGGGCUUUUAUAUUAGAGAAGGAAAUGGCUUUGACAGACAAGAUGGCGUGUUCAUUUCAAGAAUUCAGAUGGGAACUGUUGCAGAAAGUAAUGGCUUGCUGCACGUCGGGGAUGAAAUAUUGACUGUAAAUAAUGUCAAGGUUAGUAAAAUGUCACUUGAUGACGUUGUUAUACUCAUGUCAAUUCCAAAGAAGUUAGUUUUAACUAUUAGGACUACAAGAAAUUGCAAUAAAAAUAAAUCAUGUCCAUCCUUAGCACUGACUGAGAGAGAUGAAACACCAAUUGUUGUUCUCAAGAAGGGCCGAUCAUCAUCCGCUUCUCAGCUGGAACUAACUGAGAAAUGCCCUGAUGCCUUUCAAUCAUAUGCUCAUCAUCCCUUUCAUCCAUCUGACUAUAUUUCUAAAAAGGAAACUUGCCAUGAAAAGCCUACCUCAUCACGUUACGCCAGUAUUUUUAUUUCCCCUCAGAGAGCAGAAGCCAGACUCUUGGUUGACGAAUCUAUGGAUAGUGGUAAUUCCAGUGAUGGUUCUUUACCCCGUAGUCAUGGAAGCCGUGGUAGUCAUGGUAGUCAUGGCAGUGGAGAUUCAGGACCAAGAGAUCGUCCAUAUGCAAGUGCAGGUAUUCAAGACAGUGAUAUAUUAGAAAGUCCAGGUUCCUACCUUAGCCCAUCUUCAACCAUGUUAAGUCAGUACAGUUUUACUGGUGACAGAGAUUAUCUAAAAUACCUUCUUCCUGAAGGACUUAGCAGGAAAUCAACACCAAAGUCUCCUUCAAAGUCUGCAACAAUUUCUCCCAAUAUUCCACUUUUGCGGUCGAGUGGCCAUUUGUCGGAUGAAAGUCAGGGAAUAUACAGCAGCAGCUCUGAAUCUCCAUAUGCAUCUGCCCAGUCUUACAGAGACUAUGUGUCUUACAGAGGAUACCAUGAUGAUCGUAAAGCUCAAGAAAGGUUACGAGAUCUUCUACAUUCCAAAUCUAGGUACAACAGGUUGCUUCGGAGUCGUUCUCCAGAGUGCUAUAAUUCUGAUUCGGAAAUUAUUUAUACCCACUCCCGCCCAGUAGAUACUAGAGGAUUUGCUUCUGAUUAUGAGACAUACGCUGGAGCAAUAAGUGAUGAUGAUGGUCCUGUGUAUUCUAUUCCCCAUAUUCCAGCUAGCAGCAGUUCGGAGCUUCAGCAGUUGUUAAAGAAGUUCACAACUCUGUCUCAGGAGUUGCAGCAAGAACAGUGCAAGUUACAACGUCAACUUUCAGCUAGAGACAAGUCAAGAUCAUCAACCAUGUCGCUUCCAAAGCCUGUCGAUUCUGCAUCUCAAGAUGACUUCAUGCAGCGAGGCGCGAUGACACUGGGACGGUCGUCUCCCCUUCCCUCGCGGCGGGCCGCCUCAACGCAGACUCCCGGCAACAUCCACACGAGGCUCACACGGAAACCCAGCCAGGAACUGGCACAGAUGGGCAGCCGCAGUACCUACCAGCUGGAGGACAGCUCCGACUCCCCCCACGACCAGCGCAUGGCUCCCCCCGUUCACUCGAGUUCCAGAGGCAGCAUGAUCACCGGUGGCAUACCGAUAUCUACCUCACAGUCCGGCACGUCGCUCUCCGACCGGACCAAAUUGCUGGAGGGCGGCAUUCGGGCAUCAGCCCGCUUCCGGGACCUGCAGUUCACCAAGAAGCCCUUGCAUAUACCGUACAGCGAGUUCGAGCCCUACAAGGCCGACAUUCGCAAGCGGGUCGAGAUCAACCGGACAUCGGGCCUCGAUGGCCUCUUGUGUAUUCAUGUCAUGUCCGGCCAGGGCCUGAAAUCUUCCAAGACCAGUCUCCGAGACCUGUACUGUGUCGUGGCUGUUGACUCCAUCAACAAGGCAAGGACUAUGAUACGCACUGGUGCUAUAAACUUCGACUGGGACGAGGCGUUCGAUGUAGAUCUGGAGGAUUCCAAAGAGGUGUCCUUCUUAGUGUAUCACUGGGAUCCCAACUACAAGCAUAGGCUGUGUUUUCACGGGUCCGUUCUCUUACCGGGUUAUGUUCUUAGUGGGCACAAGAAAUUUGUGGCAAUAAAAAUGGAACCUAAAGGAAUUUUAUUCGUAGCUCUUCUAUAUAAGGAACCUGCCAUUUCCCUCCAACGAUUGCCUUCUGUUAAGAAAAACGCUCUGUUCGGGUCGGAUUUAGAGGAAGUGAUACUACGUGAGAAAUCGGGUUUAAAUUUUCCAUUGAUUGUUCACAAGUGUCUUGAGGAGAUAGAGAGACGGGGACUGGAGACUGUGGGGAUUUAUCGGCUCUGUGGCUCCGCCAGGAGAAAGGCACUACUCAGGGAGGCCUUUGAGAAAAACGUUCAGGCAGUAGAUCUGUCACCGGAAAAUGUUUCUGAUGUGCACGUCAUCACAGGUGUGUUAAAGGACUACCUGCGAGAGCUGCCGGAGCCGCUGUUCACCAACGCGCUGUAUCAGAUGCUGCUCGACGCCCUCAGUGUGCGGUUGCCGAGCGACCCUGAAGGGAGUGCUACGCUGAUGCUCAGUAUUUUAGAGUGCCUUCCUAAAGCCAAUCAGGAUACAAUGACUCGACUGUUGAACCACCUGCGGUUGGUAGCGUCUCACAGCGACAAGAACAAGAUGACUCUUGAAAACCUGGCUAUCUGUUUUGGUCCUGUCCUCCUGUGUCCUUCACCUUCCACCUCCACCGAUGCUGCUCUCGACUUCAAGAAACACAUCGAGGUCCUACUGUACCUGCUGCAGAUCUGGGACGACAACAGUACCAACUCCACCUCCAAGUCAUCAACAGGGGACACUGUAGUCUCUGUUGAAACACAAUCAGCAACAGGCGACGAACAGCAGCCGAGAGUUGAGAGAAUUGCAAUGGAUGGUGAUUGAACAGUCUUACGGCAGAUCUCGCUAUAAUACUAGCAUUCCCUUCUCCAUUUCUGUCGAUCGGUCUCUUGGAGUAACCCGCUGCUGAUGGCAUAGAAGAAAGCUCAAGAUUCUCUGUAAUACCUUGGUUGUGAACAUAAUCAAAAUUAACACGUACAUCUGUUACAGUUCUCAUUCAGUGGAGUCGGUAUCAGUCCACAGUUUUGUGUUGCCAGUGUAUUUCUGUGUAUCAAUGGGUCAACUCUCAACGAAUGUAUAUAUUUUGUUUAAAAUUAGUUUCGUUUAGUUUUAUUUAAAUGUCGGUCAGUCAAACAGUAGUCUGUGGAAUGUAAUGAUACUGCAGGGGUGUGAAAAUACAAUCAAUCAACAAAUUAUUGUACAUAGUAAACAUAGUAGAUUUUUGCAUUUUAUAUGUAUAUUUAAGGAUUGUCUGUUAUUUCUUUUAUGUUUAUUGGGGUAUGAACCCCCAAAAAAUCAUCCACAGAUGAACAUAAAAGAAACAACAGACAAUACUUAUAAUUAAAUUUUAAUCAUGC